AUGCCCCCCUCAAACGACACUCCCCCAACUCCAGCCUACUUCCCCACCUCGCCCACCUCCCCCCUCCACCCCCCUUCCUCCCUCUACGCAGCCCUGCGCUCCCUCCCCCCUUCCUCCCUCACCACCAUCCACACCCACCUCAUCCCGCCACGCAGCGCCCACGCCUUCCGCGUCCCCGCCGGCACCCUCUUCCGGCUCUCUACGCCGCAGGGCCCGCAAGUCGGCGACCUGAACAUAUGGAACGCAGCCGAUCCGCGCGAGCGCUUCUGGGCCAGUCGCACGCGGCAGCUGCAGAGUAGUCAUGUGGGCGAGGGGGAUCGCCUGUGGAGUUGCUUGCCCUUUAUGCGCCCGCUUUGCGGGCUUGUCGAGGAUGGCUGUCGGCUUGGGGACAGACGCAGGGUUGGAGAUGCGGGCGAGGCUAAGGAACGGACGAGGUGGGGGGGUCGCUGUCAUGAUUUGUUGGGUACCAGGUGUGAUCCUUAUGUAUCCCAUAUGCUUACGGGCGCGAGCUACGAUUUCCACUGCCACUCGAACCUCGUGCGGGCUGUGCUGCCCUUUGGCCUCACCGAGUUUGACGUCCAUGACGUACUGAAUGUAUUUCAAGUCACUGGGCUGGACGACCAGGGCAGGUAUUUUAUGGAGGCUAGUCCGGCGACUGAGGAGAGCUUUAUCACGUUUUUUGCGGAGCAGGAUUUGCUGUGUGCGUUGAGUACGUGUCCUGGGGGGGAUUUGAGUGCGUGGGGGUGGCAUCAGGCCGAGGAAGGGAAAGAAGGAGAGGGUGAGACGUCAGCGCCGGAUAUGAAGAGUACAUGUCGGCCGAUUCGGGUCGAGGUGCUGGAGAUUGAGGAGGGGGUGAGAAGGGAGGUGUUGAAAGGGUGGAAAAGACCCGAGAAGAGUGGGUAUGCGGGUAUGCAUGGGAUGAGGAUUCCGACUGGGGAAGAGUAAAACAAAAAAGAAGAAGAAGACGAAAAAAAAAGAAGAGUUUUUGUUGAAUGGUGUUGGUUGGGUUGACCAAGAAAACUUUCUACAGCUUGACACCUCCGUGAAUCUUCCCCCCGUCAAGCACAAUCGUGUCACCGUUGACAUGGCUUCCUGCCCUGGAGCUCAGAAACACGACGGCGGCAGCAAUAUCCUCGGGCCUGCCUACCCGUCCGUUCGGAGUGGCCUUGCCCAGCGCCUCCUCUCCACCCGCCUUCUGCAUCACCACAUCCGUCAUCUUGCUCGCGAAGAAGCCCGGCGCAAUGCCCGUGACGAGAAUGUGGCGCGGUCCCAGCUCGACAGCCAGGUUACGCACAAGAUGCAACACUGCAGCUUUCGACACUGCGUACGAAAACGCGGCCGACUC